AUGCCUAAUCCUAAAGAGGCUACUUCAAGUGACUGCAAUGACUCUCAAACCACAGAUUGUAGUUCCAGAAAACGGAGGGAGCAUGAAGAAACCCAGGGUGGAGACAUUCCCAAACUCUGUCCACCUAACAUCCCAUCUUCCAAUUCUCCCCAAAUUCAUUCUAUCUCAGAGCUUAUGGAAACAGCCAAUGAAGUCUCAAAAAUGACAAUAGCCCAUGAAAUUGUUGUCAACCAUGACUUCAAACUUCAAGAAGUGAAUUUAUCACCAAAUAGUUUAGAAAGCAGAGUGAAAGAAACAGUGCACAAAGCUUUUUGGGAUAAUCUGAAAGAACAACUCUCCAAAGUACCACCAGACUAUUCUCAUGCUGUCAAGCUACUUCAAGAAAUCAAAGAAACUCUGCUGUCUUUGCUUCUGCCACGACAAACACGUUUAAAAAGUCAGAUUGAAGAAGCACUAGACAUCGAAUUGAUAAAGCAGGAAGCUGAGCAUGGAGCUUUGGAUAUCCCCAAGCUCACUACAUAUAUCUUAGGCACCAUGGCAAUGCUCUGUGCACCUAUCAGAGAUGAAGAAAUACAAAGUCUGCGAAUCAUGGCAGACCCAGUUCAUUUGCUCAGAGAGAUCUUCCGAGUUCUGAACCUAAUGAAAAUGGAUAUGGUCAACUUUACCAUACAAAGCCUUCGACCCCAUCUCUUGGAGCAUUCUGUGCAAUAUGAAAGGAAAAAAUUUCAGGAACUCCUGAACAAACUACCAGGCAGUCUAGCUUAUACAACUGACUGGCUACACAAGGCCGUAACCAAAGUAUCAAAUCCUGAUUUGCUUCCUUCUUCAUCUACCUCUGGAACCAAUGGACCUCCUGUUUCCACUUCUCCUAUGUCUGCUGGAAAAGUCUCAUUUAUUCAUAGUCCCACUGCUGUGUUAAAUCAAGCGUAUAUGGAUUUGCUGGACUGGGAGCUUGGAGGAGAACACUAUCCUGAGACUAUGUUGAUGGACAAAGCACGUUUGCAUGCUCUACAAGUAGAAGUCAAUCAGCUAGUCAUUAUUGCUUCAGUCUUAUUAGUGAGCAGCAAUAUAUGUGGAAAUGAGUUAUUCAGUUCACCAGGAUGUGGCAAUAGGCUGAAAAGAGUAAUAAAAGCUCUUCUGGAAGGUCUCUCUGAUAUAAGAUCAGAAAAUGCCUUAAUGGAUAUCAGCAAUCAAAUACACAUGGAAGUAGAUGCCAUACUUAAUCAGUUGGGUUACCCGGCUCUCAGUACUGAUAAGGCUGCUUCACUCAAAGGCCAGCUUAGGAACCUUGGAGAUAAAAACAAUGCUGUACGGGUUCUAAUUGAGCAACGGAUUCAGACUUUUCUUAGACACUGUUUGUAUCCUUGUGGCCAAAACGCUAAGAAUCUACUGCAAGGCCUUACUCCUAUUCAGGAAGAACUACUGGAAAUUGGUCAGAGGUUUGGUAGCUUGAUUCAUCACAACAGACAAGUAUUUGGUCCGUAUUACUCGGAAAUACUGAAGAAAUUGCUGCUUCCAGGAGCAAAGUCUGAAACAGGGAAAGUUUCUUCUUAACAACCUAACGAGGCAGAUCAUGUGACGGCAAGGAGAGGGGAGAUUCAAACUGGCAAUUGUUCAGACAGUACUUUGAUGUAAAAUUCAAUGUGAUCAAUGGAGCAGUUGUCCUGCUCUUUGCUGCUGUAUUCCAAACUGGGUCACUGAAGUUGCAAGGUACAGCUAAUAAUCCCAAACUGACAAUGCCAAGUUUGCUGCAGUAAACCUUUAAACAGCUCAAAAUGUUGUCCUGUGAUUUUAA